AUGGUCCCGUUGUCACGACGAGCGGCGGUUUUGCUGCUGCUCUAUGCGGAUCCUAAGGGGGAUCUCCGGGUAGUUCUUACUAUGCGGGCAAAGACUCUGAGUUCGUGCAGGGCCGACUCACUAGAAGAAACCCCAUUUCAAACAGCACGACGUGAGGCGCACGAAGAGAUUGGCUUGCCAGAUAAUGACCAAUCGCUCCCUCAGCCCUUUGUCGUGGAGCAUCUCUGCGAAUUGCCGGCCAAUCUUGCGAGAACGGAGCUUGUGGUUCGUCCAUGUGUAGCACUACUUCACUCAUAUGAUGAGAAGACCGGUCAGGAUGCUGACCCUGAAGUGACAUUAAUCCCUAAAUUGGAUGCCAGGGAAGUUGCGGCGGUGUUCACGGCGCCAUUUCAUAAUUUCUUACGUAUGAGCGAUGAGGGUGACUGGGGAGGAAGUCCAUCGGAUUGGUAUCAAGGUGCUUGGACGGAGUGGCAUCAGUCUAAUUGGCGCAUGCACCAAUUCUUCGUCCCUGUUCGACCUCAGUCGGUGGUCAGACCUCGCACUGCCAACCAACAACAGAAAGAUGCUGUCAAUGCUCUGGAAGAAAAGGAAAAGUCUGGUGUGUUGACACGCUAUCGGGUUUUCGGAAUGACGGCUCGAAUGCUGGUGGAUGUUGCGCGGGUUGCAUACGCAGAAGAGCCGGAAUUCGAACAUAACAGCCACUUUGGAGAUGAGCGUCUUAUCGCUCAGUUGCGGAAAAUGGGACGUCUAAGUCCUCUCCGAAAGUCUGGGGAUAUUCUGACGCGAGAGGAUAUGGAGAAAGCUGCCAAGCUCAGCUAA